AAGUGAAACUAAUCUGUCUCUGUUCAGUUUGAGUCUGGAUCAGUUUCUUCUCUGUGGUUGAGGUUUUGCGGGUAAUACAGGCCUUCAUGUUCAGGAUUAUUAUCUUCAUCACCUUUUUUUGAGAACAAUCAUGUGUUUGUUUAUUUUGUGCAGUUUAAAGCAAGUGAGUCGUUCUUUCAGACACACCUGUUUUCCACACAGCUUUUACAAGCUGAACCAGGAAGUGUGAGGUGCUGUUAGUGACUGUGUAUGAGUUUGUUUUUCAGUAAAAUGGCAGAGGUGAAUAUUUCAGUGGCUCAGGAUCAGUUCAGCUGUUCAAUCUGUUUGGAUCUACUCAAGGAUCCAGUGACUAUUCUCUGUGGACACAGUUUCUGUAUGGUGUGUAUUAAUGGCUGCUGGGAUCAGGAGGAUCAGAAGGGAGUCUAUAGCUGUCCUCAGUGUAAAGAAACCUUCACUCCAAGACCUCUUGUGAGUAAAAACACCAUGCUGGCUGAAGUAGUGGAGACGCUGAAGAAGACAAGACUUCAAGCUACACGUCCUGCUCAGUGUUCAGCUGGACCUGAAGAUGUGGAGUGUGAUUCCUGCACUGGGAGAAAAUCCAAAGCCAUCAAGUCCUGUCUGGUGUGUCUGGCCUCUUUCUGUGAAACUCACCUCCAGCCUCACUAUGAAUCUCCUGCCUUUAAGAAGCACAAGCUGGUCGAAGCCUCCAGACGACUCCAGGAGCAGAUCUGCUCUCAGCAUGACAAACUGCUGGAGGUUUACUGUCGCACUGACCAGCAGUGUAUCUGCAUGUCGUGUAUGUUAGAUGAACAUAAAGGACAUGAUACAGUAUCAGCUGCAGCAGGAAGAGCUGAGAGACAGAAGCAGUUGAUGGAGAUGCAGGGAAAAUCCAAGCAGAGAAUCAAGGAGAGGGAGAAGGAGAUUCGGGAGCUGAGGAAUGCUGUGGAGACUCACAAGCGCUCUGCACAAACAGCAGUGCAGGAAAGUGAGAGGAUCUUUACUGAGCUGAUCAGUGCCAUUGAGAGAAAACGCUGUGAGGUGACGUGGCUAAUCAGAGCUCAGGAGAAAGCUGCAGUGAGUCGAGCUGAAGAAGUCAUGAAGCAACUGGAGCAGGAGAUUGCAGAGCUGCAGAGGAGAGACGCUGAGAUGGAGGAGCUUUCACACACACAGGAUCCUGUCCACUUCCUCCAGAGUUUUCAGUCUAUCUCGGCUGCUUAUGGAUCUGCAGAUUUCCCAACCAUCACAUACAGCUCUUCUCUGACUUUUGAGAAUGUACUGAAGUCUGUGUCUCAACUGAGAGAGAAACUAGAAACAUUCUUCAAAGAUGAGUUUAAGAAGAUAUCAACUGGAGGUGCCCCGUUUGCUUUCACAUUUGAUUGUCUAAGUACAUUUACAUUUGCAGACUUGGCAAAGAAUUCUGGGGGAUUUUCCUUCAGAAGAAAAGUCUCGGACUUCUCCUGGGCCAAUGCUGGGGCAGCAGUCUUCAGCGCCAAAGCAACAGCUUCCCGAAAUGAGGAUGAAGACGAGGACGGCAGCAAUGAAGAUGUUUCUAACAACGCAGACAUUUACUUUAAGCCCAUUGUUUCCUUACCUAAGGUGGAGGUGAAGUCUGGUGAAGAAGAUGAGGAGAUUCUUUUCAAGCAGAGGGCAAAACUGUUCAGAUGGGAUCGAGAUUUGAGCCAGUGGAAAGAUCGUGGAGUUGGUCAUCUAAAGAUCCUCUUCCACCCAGUGAAAAAGUACUACCGUGUCCUGAUGAGGCGUGACCAGGUCUUAAAGGUCUGCGCUAACCACACCAUCACCAAGGACAUCGAGCUGAAGCCUAUGAACACCUCUGCUAACGCACUGGUUUGGACGGCUAACGACUAUGCAGACGGUGAUGCCAAGGUGGAGCAGCUUGCUGCCAAAUUCAAAACCCCUGAACUCACUGAAUCCUUCAGGAAAACCUUUACAGAUUGUCAGAGGUGCAUGUCUCAAGUGGACUCAGCCCACUCUUCUAAAGUCAUGGAACAUUCUAGACCAAGCAACCCGGUGGUAUUUUUCACUAUAGCUGCUGACGAUGAGCCAAUCGGCAAGAUCACAAUGGAGCUUUUUGCCAACGUUGUCCCUAAAACUGCAGAAAACUUCAGAGCUUUGUGCACUGGAGAGAAAGGAUUUGGCUACCGGAAUUCCAUUUUUCACAGGAUCAUCCCUGACUUCAUGUGUCAGGGUGGUGAUAUAACCAAACAGGAAGGCUCGGGUGGAAAGUGUAUCUACGGGGACAAGUUUGAGGGCGAGAACUUUGAAGUGCGCCAUACAGGACCAGGUAUACUGUCCAUGGCCAAUCGUCACAGAGACACAAGCAACUCUCAGUUUUUCAUCACACUGAAGAAAACUGAGCAUUUGGACUUCAGACAUGUCGCUUUCGGCGUGGUGAAAGACGGCAUGGAUGUGGUGAAGCAAAUGGGAGAGCUGGGCUCUAAGACUGGCGAACCGAGGAAAAAGAUAACAGUUGUAGACUGUGGACAGCUGUAGUCUUGUACUUUUCUUCAUACAUUAAGUACACUUAAAGUGUAAAGUUUUUCAUUUUCUGUUUUCUUUUUUGUUAUUUGCUUGUUUUUCCUUUGGUCGUGAGUUUGGCCUUAUUAGGCAAUUGACAGAGAGCAACCAAAGGUCAAAGGUCUAAACCUAGUUUUGUGGAGUGAUUUUUUUUUCAGUGAAGCAUGAUGGUAGUGAUGACAGAAUAGACCAGCCUAAAGCUAUGUGAAUGGCGGUCAGUCGGGGACAUACAGAGAAUAACCAUUGUACUGAUGUGUUUCCUGAGGUGAUGUCAUGACAAAUGACGCUAAAGAAUUAGACCAAUAAAAGCCUAAUUUUUCAAAA